CGUCGACCCUGUGGACCCGCCCCUCCUCCGCCGCCUCCGCCUGCCGCUUGGACUGUGGCUUUUCCCGGGGGUUGGUUGUAGCUGCGUUAGCCGCCGCGGGGAGGGGAACGCCGCUGACCCGCUGACUAACCGCCGGCGCCGUAAGCCGCCGCGUUCAUUUGGGUCCUCCUGGCCCGGACCCGGGACUGAGUCCGCCUGCCGCGCCCCUUGUCCUUCGCUCCGGCGGGCGAGCCGCGCUCCGGCCCAUCCCGGGCGGUUCCUGAGCCGCCGUCCGCGCCCGGAGACAGGGCUGAAACCGGAGUGACAUCACUUUUCAGAAUUAAAAGACGAUUAAGAAAACAAGAUGGCGACUCCUGGCCCUGGAAGGAAGAGAACACCUGUAAAAGACCGAUUUUCUGCAGAAGAUGAAGCUUUGAGUCACAUUGCCAGAGAGGCAGAGGCAAGGCUGGCAGCAAAACGGGCUGCCAGGGCAGAAGCGAGAGAUAUACGGAUGAGAGAACUUGAACGACAACAAAAAGAGCACUCUCAUCAUUCCUUUGAUCGGAAAUGGGGACAGAUUCACAAGUGGCUGGAAGAUUCUGAAAGGGCCAGGUAUUCCCACCGGUCCAGUCAUCAUCGUCCUUAUCUGGGAGUUGAGGAUGCAAUGUCCCUUCGAAGUCUUGGCAGUCACAGGAACCCAUCCAAGGAUAUAACUGGUACACACUGGAGCCGAACCAGUACACCCAAAAGGAAAGACAUUAUGAAUCAUUCUUACAGUUCCUCUUGUGGAAUGAAGAGGAGAUCUUCUGGUUCACAUAAAGAUCUGCUGAGUGGCCUAUACUAUGACCAGAGAAACUACAGUAGUCUUAGACAUAGCAAACCCACCUCUGCCUACUACUUUCGGUCUUCUUCCCUGUACAGUGAUCCUCUGGCAACAUCUAAGAGUACCAGGGUGUCAUUGUACGGUGGUGGAUUAUAUAACCCUUAUGGUUCUCGAACUCCAUCUGAAUACAGUUAUUACUCAUCAAGAACAAGUUCAGCCCGAAGCAGUCCUGUGUUUAUCAAUGAUGACGCUGAGAGCAUUGCGUCUUCUGGUCAAGCCAGUCGUGGGCGAAGGGAGAGUGUGGUUUCUGCCGCCGAUUAUUUUAGUCGCUCCAAUCGUAGGGGCAGUGUUGUUUCUGAGAUGGAUGACGUCAGUAUCCCAGAUUUGACCAGCUUGGAUGAAAAAUCUGACAAACAAUAUGCUGAAAUUUAUACAAGGCCUUCAUCUCGGAAUUCUGCCUCAGCAACAACCCCUCUAAGUGGAAACUCAUCCAGAAGAGGAAGUGGGGACACCAGCAGUCUAAUAGAUCCAGAUACCUCAUUAAGUGAAUUGCGGGAUAUCUAUGACCUUAAGGACCAGAUACAGGAUGUAGAAGGGAGAUACAUGCAGGGGCUUAAAGAACUAAAGGAGUCUCUGUCUGAAGUGGAAGAAAAGUACAAGAAAGCCAUGGUUUCCAAUGCACAGUUAGACAACGAGAAGAACAAUUUGAUCUACCAGGUAGAUACCCUCAAGGACGUUAUUGAAGAACAGGAGGAACAGAUGGCAGAAUUUUAUAGAGAAAAUGAAGAAAAAUCAAAGGAAUUGGAAAGACAGAAACAUAUGUGCAGCGUGCUGCAGCAUAAGAUGGAUGAACUUAAAGAAGGCCUUCGUCAAAGAGAUGAACUUAUUGAGGAGAAUCAGCGCAUGCAGCAGAAAAUAGACAACAUGACAAAAGAGGUGUUUGACCUCCAGGAGACACUUCUUUGGAAAGAUAAAAAAAUUGGGGCCCUAGAGCAGCAGAAAGAAUACAUUGCCUGCCUUAGGAAUGAGCGAGAUAUGCUCAGAGAGGAGCUGGCUGACCUGAAGGAGACAGUGAAGACAGGAGAGAAACAUGGCUUAGUUAUAAUCCCCGAUGGCACUCCCAAUGGUGAUGUCAAUCAUGAACCAGUGGCUGGAGCCAUCACUGUUGUAUCUCAGGAAGCUGCGCAGGUCUUGGAGUCAGCAGGAGAAGGGCCUCUAGAUGUAAGGCUACGAAAACUUGCUGGAGAAAAGGAAGAGCUACUAUCACAGAUUAGAAAACUAAAGCUGCAGUUAGAGGAAGAACGGCAGAAGUGUUCCAGAAAUGAUGGCACAGUGGGUGAGCUGGCAGGACUGCAGAACGGCUCAGACUUGCAGUUCAUCGAAAUGCAGAGAGAUGCCAAUAGACAAAUUAGUGAAUACAAAUUUAAGCUUUCAAAAGCAGAACAGGAUAUAACCACCUUGGAGCAAAGUAUUAGCCGGCUCGAGGGACAAGUACUGAGAUAUAAAACUGCUGCAGAGAAUGCUGAGAAAGUUGAAGAUGAACUGAAAGCAGAAAAGAGGAAGCUACAACGAGAGUUACGAACAGCACUGGACAAGAUUGAAGAGAUGGAGAUGACCAACAGCCACCUGGCCAAGCGGCUGGAGAAGAUGAAGGCCAACAGGACAGCGCUUCUGGCCCAGCAAUAGGGAGGCCACUGUUGGACCUGUGUGCUGCUCUUUGGGGCCUAGCCCAGAAGGACUGACUUUUUUUGUCCGUCAGACACAAACCCCUUUGAGUACUGUUUUUGUCAUUAAAAUAGCCACCUUUGUAUUUUGUAAUUUAUGAGAGAAUGAAACAGGUUUGAAUCUUCGUGAAUGAACACUUUGGAUGUUUUGUUUGUAGUUUGAUUCUAAACUAAGAACUAACUGG